UGCACAGGCGGCACAGUCCAAGAAAAAAUUCCCACUUGGGCUGCCACUGUUCUCUGCGGAGCGUAAAAACUUUUUAGCAGAGGAAAAACGAAAGUAUUUAGAAUUGAUUCUAAAUUCAAUGGCUCCUCUCGCUCCGAGGUCUGGAGAUGUGGUCUUCGCCAAUGUCGAGCGCGUGAAUGCAGAAUUGUUUACUCUCACAUAUGGGGCGAUCGUACGGCAGCUUCUUACGGAUCUGGAGGAGGUUGAGGAAGUCAAUAAGCAACUGGAUCAGAUGGGUUACAAUAUUGGAGUUCGAUUGAUUGAUGAAUUUCUUGCUAAGUCUGGUGUUUCCAGAUGCAUUGACUUCAAGGAGACAGCUGAAGUGAUAGCAAAGGUGGGGUUUAAGAUGUUUUUAGGAGUCACUGCAUCUGUGACUAACUGGGAUGCUGAUGGAACAAGUUGCAGUCUUGUCUUGGAGGAUAAUCCGUUAGUAGAUUUUGUUGAGCUUCCAGAUACAUGUCAAGGACUGUAUUACUGCAACAUCCUAAGUGGAGUUAUCAGAGGAGCCCUAGAGAUGGUCUCAAUGAAGACUGAAGUCACAUGGAUACGUGAUAUGCUCCGAGGAGAUGAUGCCUACGAAUUGCAAGUGAAACUUCUGAAACAAGUUCCAGAAGAGUACCCAUACAAGGAUGAUGAGUAACCUUUUUUUCAUGAGUACACUUGUAUAUGCAACUUGAGUUUUUAUUUUCUCCAUAAAGGUUUUAAAGUUGUUCUCAUGAUUGGAAGGAACAAUGCUUACUUUUGAAUAUUUAUGAUUCUAG